UCCACAGCAGAGCGGGGCCCAGGGACCCCAGGGGACUCCAGGGACUCCAGGGGACCCCAGGGACUCCAGGGGACUCCAGGGACUCCCAGGGACUCCAGGGACUCCAGGGACUCCCAGGGACUCCAGGGACUCCAGGGACUCCAGGGGACCCCAGGGACUCCUGGGGGGUCCCAGGGACUCCAGGGGACUCCAGGGGACUCCAGGGACUCCAGGGGACUCCAGGGGACUCCAGGGACUCUGACUCCAGGGACUCUGACUCCAGGGACUCCAGGGACCCCAGGGACCCCAGGGACUCCAGGGAUUCCAGGGGACUCCAGGGGACUCCAGGGGACUCCAGGGACUCCAGGGACCCAGGGACCCGGGGUCGGAUCCGGGGCCUCGUCCAGCCAACUGGAGGCUCCUGGUCAGUGUCGACCCCCCUCCCCGUUCGGACGCUGAAAACACAACUCAACACUACGACCACGUUCACCCUGACUGCACUCGGCCCCGGCGGUGAGUGUGUUCGACCGGGUCACGGCUACAGUCUGAGGGAGAGGAUCUACGUUCCCUCGCUGUCUUAUGUGUCAAAGGUUGAUUCUCAUCUCUACUGUACCUCCUGUAACGCUUUAAUACCAGAGCCAUGAAACUUCACUGUCACGCGUCAUGAACCUGAUAAUGUACGGACUUAAUGUUUUCAUUCAUAAAAAUCUGACUCUCCUUGUAUAAUUUCCAAAACAGAUCGGCGAUCAGACUAUAAAAUACAUGAUUCUAGUUUUUGUACUCGCAUUAACAUGACCAGUCUGUUUGUGUAUAUAUGUCCUUUGUGUGUAUGUGUGUGUGUGUCCAGACAAAUUGUGCUGCUUUGUAAUAAUCAUCACUCUACUCAUUCCCCAUCAUGUGACAUGAUAACUCAUAAUAAAUUAGUUUUUAAAAGAAA